GCAGCGGCUGUAGAUGCUGUCCCAUCAUCAGAUCACACCCAACGGGGCUGCAGCGCACCGCUCCUCCGGCACCAACACCAUGAUACCCCGACCCAACACCGCAAUCUGAGCCGCACUGAGGACGAAACCACCGGAGGACUGCGAGGAACGGACGUGGAGACAUACCCGCAACCACACACACACACACACAUACACACACACACACACGCACACACAUACACGCUCACACUCACCCAAGCACGCACGGGGGGGAGAGACGAACAUUGCAGCGACCAGCAGGCAGAUAGACGGGAACGCCGACCGAGGCGAACUCCACUGCGCCGCGGAUUUGCGCUUUUCUCUCCCAGAAACGCGUCCCACUCGGACACCCGCAAGAAAAAAAUAACUCCCUGUGAGUCAUUUCACGCCAAAAAAUGUCAUCGUCGGGCAAGGACGCCAACAGCGGGCAUUACGCCAACUAUGUGGGACCGUACCGCCUGGAGAAGACGCUGGGCAAAGGACAGACAGGUCUGGUGAAACUGGGCGUCCACUGUGUCACAUGUCAGAAAGUCGCCAUAAAGAUUGUCAACAGAGAAAAGCUCAGCGAGUCUGUUCUUAUGAAGGUGGAGCGGGAGAUAGCCAUCCUGAAACUCAUAGAACAUCCUCACGUUUUAAAGCUGCACGACGUCUACGAAAACAAGAAAUACCUGUACCUGGUGCUAGAACAUGUAUCUGGUGGGGAGCUUUUCGACUACCUGGUGAAGAAGGGCCGGUUAACGCCCAAAGAGGCCAGGAAGUUCUUCAGACAGAUCAUCUCGGCCCUGGACUUCUGCCACAGCCACUCCAUAUGCCACAGAGAUCUGAAGCCUGAGAACUUGUUGUUAGACGAGAAGAACAACAUCAGGAUAGCAGACUUUGGCAUGGCGUCUCUGCAGGUCGGGGACAGUCUGCUGGAGACCAGCUGUGGAUCUCCGCACUACGCCUGCCCAGAGGUUAUCAGGGGAGAGAAGUAUGAUGGGAGGAAAGCAGAUGCGUGGAGCUGUGGAGUCAUCCUGUUUGCACUUUUAGUGGGUGCUCUGCCUUUCGACGACGACAACCUGAGGAACCUGUUGGAGAAGGUGAAGCUGGGAGUUUUCCACAUGCCUCACUUCAUCCCUCCGGACUGUCAGAACCUCCUGCGUGGCAUGAUUGAAGUGGACGCGACCAAGCGGCUCACGUUAGAGCAGAUCCAGAAGCAUACGUGGUACCUAGCCGGGAAGAACGAGCCGGAGCCGGAGCAGCCCGUCCCCAGGAAGGUGGCCAUCAGGACGCUGGCUGCAGCCGAGGAGAUCGACCCCGACGUCCUGGAGAGCAUGCACUCUCUGGGCUGCUUCAGGGACAAGGAGAAACUGACCAAAGACCUGCUGUCUGAGGAUGACAACCAGGAAAAGAUGAUCUACUUCCUGCUCCUGGACCGCAAAGAAAGAUAUCCCAGCCACGAGGACCAGAACCUGCCGCCACGCAGCGAGAUCGCAGACCCGCCCAGGAAGCGCGUGGACUCGCCCAUGCUGAGCCGUCACGGCAAGCGGCGGCCGGAGAGGAAGUCCAUGGAGGUGCUGAGCGUCACGGAGGGAGGAUCCCCUGUACCCGUACGACGAGCCAUCGACAUGGCAACGCACGGUCAGAGCAAAUCUGUUUUCAGUAAAAGCUUGGAUAUCACAAACGCUAACUGCAGCAAGGAAGAAAGAUCGCGGUCGAUCAGCGGAGCGUCCUCCGGUCUGUCCACCAGUCCUCUCAGCAGUCCCAGGCCCACCCGGCGGUUUUUCAUCCCGCCCCAGUCCCCCGACCUGUGUCAGUCCCCCAACUGCAGCCCCACCCACUCCCCCGAGGUCCGCCUUAACGGGGUGGGGCCCCGCACGCCCAACUCCUACCAGCCAAAGAUGGGGUCCCCCCUCAUGCACCCCCGCACGCAGACCCUCCCCGCCAAGCCCAAAAUGUCUGAGAAGCCCCUGCAGACCACCAGGUCCAACCCGCUCCCCAACACAGCCCAGACCCCCAACACCCCCAAAUCUGAGCCUUCCACACCCUGCCAGCCUCUGGCUCCCUGCAUCCCCAACAGCCCCCGGGUGAGACGCCACCCGCCUCUCACCGUCCCCCCCAAGCUCUCCAUCCCUCUGUCCCCCGUGCCUCCUAUGUCGCCCCUACGCCGCCACCACCUCCACCCUGACCACAACGGCAAAUCUGUCCCCAUCACGCAGGUGACCCCCCACCCCUCCCCCAGAGGGAGUCCUCUCCCCACCCCCAAAGGCACCCCGGUGCACACGCCCAAGGACAGCCCGGCUGGCACGCCCAGCCCGACGCCGCCGCCCAGCCCCUCCAUCGGGGGCAUGCCCUGGAGGACGCGCCUCAACUCCAUCAAGAACAGCUUCCUGGGCUCGCCGCGCUUCCACCGCAGGAAAAUGCAAGUUCCCACGCAGGAGGACAUGUCCAGUCUCACCCCAGACUCUUCUCCAGAACUGGCUAAGAAGUCGUGGUUCGGUAACUUCAUCAACCUGGAGAAAGAAGAGCAGAUCUUCAUCGUGAUCAGAGACAAACCUCUCAGCUCCAUAAAGGCCGAUAUCGUCCACGCCUUCCUCUCCAUCCCCAGUCUGAGCCACAGCGUCAUCUCUCAGACCAGUUUCCGGGCGGAAUACAAGUCCACAGCCGGUCCGACGGUUUUCCAGAAACCGGUCAAGUUCCAGGUGGACAUCACCUACACCGAGAGCACCAGCGCCACCAAGGAGAACGGCAUCUACUCCGUCACCUUCACCCUGCUGUCAGGUCCCAGCCGGCGUUUCAAGCGUGUGGUUGAGACCAUCCAGGCCCAGCUGCUCAGCUCCGACCAGCCCGGCAGCCAGCCCCAGAUCUCUGAUGGCUCUCAGCGCUCAGCUUCUUUGCCGAGUAAAUCCUCCAAGCGUGGCAGCCCGUUGAGUAACUUCUUUGACGUAAUUAAACAGCUUUUUUCAGACGAGAAGAACAUCCAAGCGUCCCACUCCCCCGGCGCCCCCGCCACGCCUAGCUCCCCCGCCAAGCAUGCCCCCAGCAGCAAGCCCAACCAGCCCCCGCCCAAUGACUCUAAAUGCCCCCCCGGCAAAGACAAAACAAAGACGGCCUCCAGCAACAGGACACAGGAACAACCUUAAGGAGCGGUAGCUGUGCAUGUCUAGACGAAAAAGCAGUUAUCAGGUCAUUAAACAAGAGAACGACAGAGGAGAGCUGCUAACUUUGCCCUUUAGUUAGGAGUGAAAACACAAAAAAAAAAAAGAAAUCUACUUUUUGCCUAUAAAUUUUGUACUGUAUAAUGGGAAUGGCUAUUUCAGUUUAAAAGUUAAAUCAGUAUUUUACAAUAAGUAGCAAAUGUAGCUUUGUCGUCCCUACCUUCUGU